AUGAUGCUCUCUAUCCCUCCAGCCCGUCGAUUCCUUGCCCCGACACUGGCCGUGCUCACGCUCCUGAUCGUCCUCCGCCUGCGAUCGCACCGUGCCCUUAUCCGCUCAUCACAGGAUGCGCUUCUUCAUGGUGUGCUGCAGAGCUAUGUGACCGGAGGCGCUCAAGUCAUUGUCGUCAAUGCCAGCACUCAUCCACACCUGUUCCUGACCGGUUCAUCAGGCAGCCGUGAACAAGGCGCAGCGGUCUCAAAGCUGAAGGAAUUACCUCUGGCAAACCCUCUGAUAACGCAGUUCACGCACUGCCCUACCCUGCCGAACACGCAUACCUCACAUAUCCGCUUACCGAAUGUGCUGUAUAACAUCAGCCUCGGAUCUCCACGAGCACCUUUGUCACGAGAGCAUGAAGAGCGAGAUGAGGGCUCCGACGAUCCGCGAACAAAAGACGCCACGCGCUUCUUCAAUCCGGCAAUCAUCCCCCUCCCACACUGGUCCGGGGCCGCAAAAUACGUUCUCAUUUCCCGCCUUGUUACGACCGGCUUCCAUCAAGAGUCUCACAUCUGUUUGGCAGAUAUCUGUCAUCCUCCUCGCAGUUCACCCUCGCCCUUGACCUGGUUUCCGGUUGAACGCAGCAACAAUGCCACUCCUCCUCGACCCGCCUCGAAUGGAGAGCCUGUGCAGUACCUUAAACGGCGACAACCCCGAUUUCAACAAGCCCUGCCACCAGACGCCAGUGUCUGCUCCUCAUCUGACCUCUCUGAUACCCGGCUGGGCGGCAGCGGCGGGCUACGCUGUCUUACGACCCCACGAAAGAUCAACAUCCCCCCAACCCCGGCGGAGAACUGUACGGACUCAUGGCUCGCGUUCCCAGAUAUCCCUGGCUUCCACGACCCACGAGUCUUUUGGAGCGGGAAAGGUGAGCCUCUAAUCCUGGUGAAUAGCGCCAGUCGCUACGGUUGUGUCGGGCUGUGGAUCGUGGAUCUGCGAAAGGUCUACCCGGAAUUCGAAAAGGUCUUGAAUCGCCAGCACCACCGCAGGACGGUCGUCGGUAUCGAGACAGGGGACAGGGAUCUGGGCCUGGAAGCUAGAGGCGCAGAAAUUGAGCUGGACAAGGAAGAGGGUCAAGCGCGCACAGGCACCAUCGGAGGAGUCGGUGUCAAGCCCUUGAUGAGUUACCCGCAUCUCACUGAGAUCACUAGAAACCCCAGACAAAGCCGAGCGCGCGUAGAGAAGAACUGGAUGCUCUGGUUCCCGAGUGCUGACGACUCGUAUGUUCAGUACGACUUGAUCGGUCAGGGGCUAGAAGAGGAGGAUGGAGAAGAUGGACUGGCACAGGAAAUCGACAUGCUUACAACUCUCGGAUUGAAUGCCUCCCUCGCCCUCGGUCCGGGCAACAUCACGAAUCGUACAAGUUUCUCAACACACCACGCAAUGCCCCGAAGGUGGACAGCAGCGAGACCAACCACAAAGGGACGCACCUUUGCCAAACUCACCGGCAACGGCUUCACCUCGCCCAACCUCACCUCGGCCUUGGAAGAGCCCUGCUUCUCCCACAGUGAAGGGCAUUUCGCAGACUCGUUGGGCAACAGGGGCCAUUGGCAUCAAGGCUCCAAUUCGUUACGACUCAUUCUCUGCACGAGAGCCCAGGCGCGGAGUGAUUCAGCCUGCAAGGACGAGGAGAACAUCAAUGGCACGGCCGUGAGCACCGGUUGCUCCGUUCACUUUGCCAUCAUGCAUCGAAAGUUUAGCAACGAGCUAGAUCUGCCUCUUCGGUAUGAGAGAUAUGUCGUCGUGUGGGAGGGGAGGGAGCCGUUCCAGAUGCUAGGGGUGAGCAAGUUUCCGUUGCUGAUGAGGAACGAGAGAGCAGGGCCGUGGACCGAGGAGGAAAACUGGCCUGGUCCAAAGGAGAUGGGAUGGAACGCUACAAGGGAGAAUUUGCGCGAAAAGGAGGGGAGGGUGGUCAGAAGAGGCGCCGGGGAUGGGUUAUAUGAGUACGAGACUGAACACAAGGACGACUUUGUCAAAAGCCAAGCUUACUUCACUUACACACCGAGUCUGGCGUGGGCAUGGAGGCCUCAUUCUGCAGCGGCAAAUCAGGAAGAGGAAGAUGACGACGUGGAAUACAUGUCGCAGUUGGGGACGGGAUAUCUGGGCGACGACGUGCUGGUCGGAAUCGGUCUGGAGGAUGUGAACCAGGCGUUUGCGAGGGUCAAGGUCGACGACCUUUUGCAGUGUCUGCGGCUGUGUCCUGGUGUGAGGUUUGCUGACGAGUCAGCGAGUCGGGAGACUGAUUAG